AUGCUUGUUUCGCUUCGAGCACAAGCGAAAUUCGUCCUUCAAAUUCGUCAUUUGCUGAUUCAGCUGAGGUAGAUAAUGUAGUCCCCUGCAGUUCAGGUUGUGACGAGCUUGCCGGUUCCAGAGCAAGUCCCGUUCCAAUCACUGCCGCUGUUACACCCAGUCGAUCUUCAUCUUUCGAUACUGGCAAUGUUCACCAGACACAGAGUCAGCGCACAAGCAGUGUGAAUGGUCGGCGUAUAGUGGAGAUUGAUCACUUCUUCUCGUCUUUGCAAAGUUUGUCGGUACAUAGUCCGUUUGGUUGCGGCCUGGCUGACAUGGAAAUUGUAUCAGAACAUCGGCGAGGUCUGUGUAGCUCUUUCAGUUUGAAGUGCAGGAUGUGUCUGAGGAAAGAUGUAGUCACAACAGAGGCACCAGUUGAUCAACUUGUUCAACAACGCAUGGACGUCAAUUCCUCAGCAGUGAACGGUAUCGUGUCUAUAGGUUCUGGUUUCUCAGGCCUUCGCGAGCUCCUAGGUGCUCUGGACAUACCCGGCAUGGCUGGUAGCACGUACAGUAAGUAUCAGGAUAUUGCUGCUAAAGGAAUCGACGAAACAGCUUGGGAAGAAAUAAGAAAAGCAGGCAUUGAGGAAGCUCGGUUAGCUAGGGAGGCUGGGGACGUCGAUGCUGACGGUUUUCCUAUAAUUACGGUCGUUGCCGAUGGUGCUUGGUGCAAACGUUCAUACAAGAACAAGUACGACGCUCUUUCUGGCUUGGCUGUAAUUGUUGGGUACCGCACAAAGAAAGUACUGUUCCUAGGCGUCCGGAACAAAUUUUGUACACUGUGCGCAAGUUCCAAGGCAGGGUCGAGCCCAAAAAAGCAUCUGUGCUUCAAGAACUGGGACAGCAGCUCUACCAGUAUGGAGAAGGAUAUCGUCGUUGAAGGCUUCAGGCGCAGCAUUGAGUUGCACGGGGUAAAGUACUUGCAGUUGAUCGCUGACGGUGAUUCGAGCACAUACAAGUCAAUUCUUGAAGCUGCACCGUACCAGCAUCAGGUAGUUCAGAAGGUAGAAUGUCGCAACCACCUUCUUCGAAACUAUGUAAGUCGUCUUCGAGAUGUUGCUUUGGCAAAGAGAACAACCCCCAUCGUUGAAGAAGCUACUUCUGGAUAAUGCUGUUCGACUAAGAGUUGGAGUUGCUAGGGCUAUUCACUAUCGCAAAGAGCAGGCCGAGUUCAGCAAACAAGAUCAGAUUCGGAACCUGGUGGCUGAUAUCCGUAAUGGGCCACUCCAUGUGUUCGGCGACCACGCAAAAUGUGCGG